AUAAUAUAUGUGUAUGUACACCAGGUUGACUGUCUCCUAUAUAUACACCUCCGCCGCCCCUUUUAAUUCUCGCAACAAGAAGAACAGUUUCGUUCCUAUUACUUUCAUAACUAAUAGCGAUGAGCUUUCCUUGUUUAGGCAAAGAAGUUGUGCGUCUUUGUAGUGCUUCAUGGCUCCAACUAGCCCGCCUCUGCAGGUCCUUUUGCUUCCUCUUUUCUUGCAUUUACCGCUUCCUGCUCCUCCGAGUCAACUCCUUUUGCAUCCAAGUUUUCUACUUCGUCUUCCUCUCGUUCCUUGGCUUCUGGGUCCUCAAGGACUUAAGGCCACGGACCAAUUCCUUUAGGCCUAGGGAUUUGGAUCUGUUCUUCACCUCUGUCUCCGCGGCAACCGUCUCGAGCAUGUCCACGGUGGAGAUGGAAGUCUUCUCCAACUCCCAGCUUGUUGUGAUGAUCGUCCUGAUGUUCAUCGGAGGGGAGGUCGUCACUUCCCUCGUCGGGCUUCACUUUAGGAAAUUGAAACUGCGAUGGCUCAUCAAAACCGAAGUAAAAGUCGCCUCCGUCAAUACCAAUCUCUGCCCUUCGAACCCAACAAACGACAUUGUUAACCACAUAGAGUUAGGUGUAGUAGCGAAUUUAGAUUGCCGGAACUCACAAGUGGAGCCUCAAUUGUACAGACCGCAAGAUGAGCCCUUAGAUCUUGACCAUUUGAAAUAUUGUUCUGUUAGGUUUUUGUGUUUUGUAGUGUUAGGUUACCUUAUAGGAGUCCAUGUUCUCGGCCUUGCCGCAGUUUCGCUCUAUAUGGCACUUAUUUCUAACGCAAGAGACGUGCUAAAGAAGAAGGGUCUCAAAAUGGUGACCUUUUCCAUCUUCACCGUCGUGUCGACCUUUGCUAGUUGUGGGUUUGUCCCGACGAACGAAAACAUGAUCAUCUUCAGCAAAAACUCCGGCCUCCUCCUAAUUCUCAUCCCUCAAGUCCUUCUUGGGAACACACUGUUCCCGUCGACCUUACGGUUCACGCUUUGGCUCAUGGGGAGAUUCAGCGAGAAAGCAGAAAUCAAGUACUUGUUGAGCAGAACAGGUGAAGUUGGUUACAAGCACUUGCUUCCGAGCGUCUACUCGUCGCUACUGGUGGUAACGGUGUUGGGGUUUAUUGGUGUUCAGUUUAUCAUGGUUUGCUCGAUGCAGUGGGAUUCGGAGGUGUUGAGUGGACUGAGCACGUAUGAGAAAAUCGUGGGCGUGAUCUUUCAGUGCGUGAACAGCAGACAUACGGGCGAGACGAUUGUCGAUCUGUCCAAAGUUGCUCCUGCCAUCUUGGUGUUAUUCGUCGUCAUGAUGUAUCUUCCGCCUUACACGUCGUUUCUACCGGCGAAAGGUGGUGAGAGGCUCCCGGGAAACAGCAAAAGAAGAGAGCCGAAAAGGAGUUACAAGAAACUGUGGGAGAAUCUCAAAUUCUCACAGCUCUCCUACCUGGCCAUCUUUAUCGUCAUGGUCUGCAUCACGGAGAGGAAAAAGACGAAGGAAGAUCCCCUCAAUUUCAACGUCUUGAACAUCGUGGUGGAAGUGAUCAGCGCAUACGGGAACGUGGGGUUCUCGACAGGUUAUAGUUGUGAACGACAGCUAAGGCCCGUCGAAGGCUGCGAGGACAAGUGGUACGGAUUCUCCGGGAAAUGGAGCGAUCAGGGCAAAAUCAUCCUCAUCGUCGUUAUGAUUUUUGGAAGAUUAAAGAAGUUCAACAUGAAGGGUGGCCAAGCUUGGAUACUCUUGUAAGAGAGACAAAAGACCUCUUCACGCCCUACCAGCAAGCAAAUGGAACAUCACUAGGUUUAGAGACAAGGG